CUAGACAUGCAAACUGCUUCUACAAAUAUUUGUGAAAGAAUGGGUCGCUCUCAGGAGUCAAUGAAUUCCAGCAUGGUACAGAUAGGUUGCUACCUGAGCAAUAAGUCCAUCCAUGAAAUUUCCUUGCUACUAAAUAUUCCACGGUCAACUGUUAAUGGUAUUAUAACAGAGUGGAAGCAACUGGGAACAACAGCAACUCAGCCAUGAAGCCACUGGACUCUAGAGCAGUGGAUACGUGUUCUCUGGAGUGACGAAUCAUGCUUCUGACUGGCAAUCUGAUGGACAUGUCUGGAUUUGGCGGUUGCUGGGAGAGCGAUACUUGCCUGACUGAAUUGUGCCGAGGGUA